AUGGAGCCGACAAUGUCGUCGGCGCAAGACACCGAUCUGAUGGAUAUUGAUAUUGAUAUGGAUCUGGACGACCAUAACAUUCCCAUCGAUGAAGAAUACCAGCUGGAAGAAGGUGAAGAACCCUCGUUUGUGCCCUCGAGCGCAAAUGUCCCAGACUCCUCCAAAAUCAUCCCCGCCAUCUACACAGAAGACCCAGCCCUCGAACCGCAAUGGAACAAAGUGCACAUCCGCGGCGUGGACGACAUGCAUACCAACGACAUUCUCGCCUUUGCACACGACCAUUUUAGUGAAGCUGGUGAUGAUGUGCAUGUUCAGUGGAUCGACGAUACUUCUGCAAACCUCUGUUUCAAAGACAACGAUACGGCCAAGCGAGCACAUCUGGCAUUCCUCGAAAGUCCCAUCACGAUCGACGAAUUGACGAAUGCGCCCUUCGAGCUCCGGACUGCCAAACCGUUGGCGAGCCGACCGGCAAGUAUGCUUGUCGUCCGAGUGGCCCAGCAAGGUGACAGGAAGAGGAAGGGAGCAAGAGACGCUAGUAGAUAUUACCUGUUUCAUCCUGACCAAGAUCCGACGGAACACAUGCGACACGAGUUUGCAAACAGUCGGACGUCAAGGGCCGGAAGUGGAGACUACAGACGACGACGAUUUGACGAUCGCGAGCUGCAUCGGAGACGGAGAGACCACGAUCAUAAUGCCGAAGGUACAGACUUCUCGGCAAACAUGUACGACGAUGCCCCGGCCACCGAUCCAGAACAGCCCGCCAGAGGUCGAGACCUGUUCCCGCGCGUGACGAAGGCUAGACGGCGCAGUGCGAGUCCUGGCGCGCGAACCCGGAACAGCGAUGAGAUCGACAUUUCCGAUUCCGAAGACGACCGCCGAGUCAGCAGACGAGGCCACAGUGGCUAUCGCGACCGCAGCGACCGACGCCCUCGUUCGAACACCGGAAAAGAGCUCUUCGGAGCUACCCCUGACCGUAGAAGCGGAGGACUGCAUUCGGACAAGAUAGAGCUCUUCCCUUCGAAAGCUACGGAAGCAGAUAAUUCGAUGAACACGGAUCGGCUCUCCAAAGCCAUCACCGACCCAUCGAACACCCGGGCCAAUGCCGCGGCAGCGAAGAGGUUGAAAGCUGAUCUUCUGAGCGCUGUGCAGACCAGUCCCCGCUCCCAUCACCGCCGCAGUCACGCCAUGGAUGCGAAGAAUGAAGAAGAUCUUGCCGAGCGGUUUGGCAGGAAAUCAAUAUCGAUCGACAGCACCAAGUCGUUCAGGAACGGGUUGGCCAACAGUGGCGUCGAGCUCUUUCCAUCCAGUUCCAAUUCCAACGGCGGUGGAGGAUUGAGUAUCAAGGGUUCUGCGCAGGAUAAGGACAACUCUGGCUUCAGCAUCAAGGGAUCCGGCGGACUGAGUAUCAAGGGGAGAGCUGGCGUCAAGGAACUGUUUCCCCAGCAGUAUGAUCGUGCGGGGACAAAUAAAGGCAAAGAACUCUUCGACGAACCGGUGCGGGAGAAGAGAGUUCGAAGACGUGCGGGUGAUUUGUUCGACUGA